AUGAACUUGAACAAUCUCGUCAGUAGCGGAACUGCAACCACUGCAGCUCCUUCUGUCAAGGUUGAUGCUACAGCUCCGGCUUCCGAAGCUUCGCAGAGAGUCAGCUUGCCUCCCAUAUCAGAUAUCUUGGUGAGCCGCUUGCCGCCAGUUCCUGGUGCGCCAUCUUCGAGCUCGAUCUUACCGCCACUUCCUCACCAAUCUCUUCCAUUUGCCGGAGGUCCUCCGCCAGUUCCGCAACAAGAUAGCCGGAACCUCCCUCCAAACUACAAGUACUACGACUACUACUACGGUCUGAACGUUCCAUCUCAUCUGCUUGCCAACCAUCUGAUUUCACAUCUGACUGCGUUGACGAGGUCGCCGUUGUCACACAACUCUCUGCCCGUAUACGGAACAAACACCACACCUCCACCGGCACCUCCAACAUUGAGACACAACUCGACCAACUCAUACAACCUCAACGUCCAGUAUCCCCCACAUCAGCAUCAACACAUCCCUCACCCACAUCAGCCUCCUCACUUGUACAAAACGCACAGCCUGCCUAUCGGAGGCAUUCCCACUAUUUUGGGAGCACACAUCCACCAGGGCGUGCAGCACCUUCACCAGCGUCAGCAGGCACAUGAGUUGGACGACGAGAGACUGUUGUCGCCUGGCAACAAGCGUAAAACGAGAAACAACUUGCCCAAGGAGAUCACAUACAUCUUGCUCAAGUGGUUGAACGACCACUUGAGCCACCCAUACCCUAACUCGUUUGAAAAGAACCAGUUGAUGAUGAUGACCGGAUUGAACCAGCAGCAGUUGAGCAACUGGUUCAUCAACGCCAGAAGAAGAAAAAUCAAGCUGUUGAAGGAACAGAAGCGUUUGAACUUGGUGUAG